AUGCAGCAGCAGCAGCAGCAGCAGCAACGAACAGCAAGUGUUGCUGCUGCCUGGGGAGGCCUUCUCUCUCUGUGCAGCGGGUGCGCGAGAGAGGUAGAGCGGCUGCGCCUGAGUAGCAGCAGACGCUGCAGCAGCAGCAGCAGCAGCAGCAGCAGAAGUAGCAGCAGCAGCAGCAGCAGCUACUGCGAGUCAAUUAAGUGUAUUACUCAACCUCUCUUUUAUUAUGGGGAGGAAGCGCCGAAGCCCCUAAUAAAAAAACCCGCAGAACUGAGCUGCCCAUCCAAUCCUGCUGCUGCUGCUGCUGCUGCUGCUGCUGACAGGAGUGCUGCUGUUGUUGUUGCUGCAGGAGAUUCUGUAGACAGGUCUCCGGUUGCUGCUGCAGCGAUUUCUCUAGGAGACUCUUUGCUGCUGCUGGCAGAUGCAGCAGCAGCAGCAGUGCGGUUCUUCGUCUGGCUGCUUGGUGGUGAUGCUAACAGCAGCAGCAGCAGCAGCAGCAGCUGGGGGGCCCCCCUCUCUCCUGGAGAUUGCUGCGGCCCGCAGCAAUUUUGGGGAUGCCCUGAAGCAGCACCAUUUGCAUGCUCGCAGCAGCAGCAACAGCAGCAGCGGCAAUGCGCGCUGCACCACGAGCAGCAGCAAGACCCGCAGCAACAGCCACAGCAACAGCCACAGCAACAGCAGCAGCAGCAACAACAGCAGCAGCAACAGCAGCAGCCGAAUUCAUUUGCAAGCGAAGCACAUCAGAUGGACAGGCAGCAACAGCAGCAGCAGCAGCAGCGACAGCAGCAGAAGCUGCUGCUGCCGCUGCAUUCGCAGCAGCCACCCACGUCACCGCAGUCCAAGGUGCUGGCGGAGAGUUUGCUGCAGGCUGCUGCUGCUGCUGAUACUGCACCACCAGCUGCAGCAGCAGCAGCAGUAUCUGCAGCAGUUGCAGCUUCAAAAGAGAAUGCAGAAUCAGCAGCAGCAGCAGCAGCAGCAGCAACAGAAGCAGAUAUAGACUGGGAGCAGCUGCUGCUGCGAGCAGCAUCGAGGCUUGAAAGCCAACAAGAAGACACCGACGAUGUAAAACCUGCUGCUGCUGCUGCUGCUGCGAUUGCUGCUGCUGCUGCCGCCAUUGCUGCUGCUGGUACUGCUGUUGCUGCUGCUGCUGGUGGCGUAGUUGCUGCUACAUGUGUUGCUGCUGCUGCUGCUGCUGAUGCGGGUGUUGCGACGGCUGUUACUCCGGCAAGUGCUGCUGUUGCUGGCUGCUGUUGCUGCUGCUGCUGCUGCAGCUGCUGGAGUAGCCUGGGCACUAGCAGCAGCAGCAGCAGCCCUUAG